AUGGCAACGGGUGCUGCUGGCAGGAAGAGGCUCCUGCUGCGUCCGGAGGAUCGGGAAUUUAUGGUGACAAGUGUUCACAUCGCGGCCGGCUCGAAACGGCGCGCGCCCGACUCCGCGCCCGACUCCGCGCCCGACUCCGCGCCCGACUCGAGGCGGCCCGUGAAGCAGGAGCCUCAGGCGCAAGUGGUCGUCAAGUCGGAGCCCGUGGACGAAGAGGCUGUUGCUCCAGCACACGAUGGGCCCGAAGAGAAGAAGCUGACCCAUCGCCAGAAGAAGCAGCGGGAGUACGAGAGCAACCGCAGGUCCACGGCGCGCACGAGGAAGGGGGCGGCCGCUGUGCGGAAGCUGGAGUCCGAGGUUGCCAGGCUCAAGGCCGAGUUGAACUCUCCGGCCUCCGCGGCCCCCUUGCCCGAGGGCAUGGACGACCUGCGAAGGCAGUGCCUGGAGCUGAGGGCCCAGUUGGGAAAGCAGGACGAGUUGCUGGAAGCAGCGUGGAACGACAACACCCGGCUGAGGGAGAUGAACAGCAAUCUCCGCAGGACCAACCUGGGCCUGAAGCGGCGGCUUGAGCAGCUAGACCUGGUGGAUUUUCGUGAACAGGCAUCGCAGCUGUCAUAG